CGCAGUGUCAGUCAGUUUUCUCUCACGAAGGCUGCAAUUUCGGUGAAUUCUAUUCAAAAAUUUCAAAGAAUAUUUCUAAAAGUUUAGUUUAAUAUUUCAAAAUUGUUGUAAAACCAUCAAUUCAUCAGAAGAUAAGGAUUUAUUAACAUAAAAGGACGUUCGUCAUUCAGCAGACAGCAGGGGGAUGGCAUCCGCGUCCAGUAGCAGCGCCAAGAACCUUUUCAGCGAUUCCAAACGUCGCCUGGCGGAACGGGUGGCCGUCAACGUGAACAAUGCAUCCUCGGUGGCGCGCCAAAUCGUCCGUGGUUCCAAAUCGAACGAGAUUCUCAUGCAGGCGGCCAAGAACUUUGCCUACCACGAAAGUACCGUCGACAACAGUAUUCAGAACCUGAAGAAAAUGGAGAUAAUCUUCCAGCAUCUGAACUACCAGUACGAGGCCAUCCAGCAAGCAGCCGACAAGCUGGAGUACGUGGAGGAACAGGUGAAUGCCAUGGAAAGAUGAUACGGCUCCGGUGGUCACGACGGAGCGGACGGUGAGCGAGGAUACUACUGAUGAUGGAUGACGAUGACGCGUGAUGACUGUCGACGAUCAUCUUUGUUUUGGUAAACAGGGCAGAGGCUGCUGGCGACUCCAUGCGGUGAGCACUGGAACCGCUGGUGUCAUUAAGGAAUGUCAAAAAUUUCCGCCAAAAGCUUCGUUUUUCAUUAUUUACAAUCUGCUACGGUACUGGUUUUCGGUUCAAACCAACGUUAUUUUACGUGAAUUUGCUUCUUUUUUGCAAUAAAUUGCUAGUGAUUGUCGUUGAAGCUACCAAAA